AUGUAUUAUUUGGAGCCUACAACGCUAAUAGAAACAAACGAUUCGUUGUCAAUCUCAAAGCCGUUUGCCUUGAACCAAACGAAGCAUAAAGCUACUCAGAGCAAUGAGACAUAUAGGCAGCAACAGUACUUUGUAGGCCUGCUUUUUCAACAACAGUCUACGCAGUCUGCCACCAGACUCGUGGGAAUGGCUUCGAGCUUCACCGCAAACGACCCUGCAUCUGACAUGGUCAUGGGGGUAACAAUCAAUAGCCAUGGUGACCGCAGAUUGUUGAACAAAGAAAAGUUCGUCGAGACAGAAGUCCCCAAAGAUCAUCCAAUUUUCACGAGCCGACCAACGCACAUUGGGGAGAAUAUUGGAAUCCCAGUGCUAGUUCAAAAGCUCGUCCCCUUUUACGAUUUACCUGAGGGAGCACCAGAUAGAAACAUGAAUCGGACCGCCAUGUAUCUCAAGCUACUUGUCAAUGUCCAGGAGCGAGGUUGGGGAUUUACCAAUCUCUUUAAUCCGGAAGAUGAACAGGCUGGGCCAAUUCUCAUUGUUCGUAAGGAUGGCAAACCUAUUACUCCGAGGCAGGUCGAGGCUCUUGCGGCGUUCUGUCGUUUCCAAGUUGCUCCCGAACACAGGCAAUUACAAGAUGAUUGCUUACCAGAAUUAGAGUCUGAUGAGUCUUUUGAGGCAAGGAAGGAAUUUGUAAGGACUCGUGUUACGAGAUCGGUGUUCGAGAAGUACUUUGAGGACUUCAAGAAGGAGAGAGCUAUGGAGGAUCCAUCAUGGGCUGAUGUUGCCUCCCUGUAUGAUGUUUGA